UUUCAGACAAGGUCUCCCAAGUCCUGCCCGGUUUUCCCACAUAGUUCUCUCCAGCCUCAUCCUCCCCUUUGCUCAAUAACUCUGCAAUGAUUAAAUGGCUUCUUGCAACAUCAGCAUACGGAGCUGAAUUCCAGAGCUCGUGGGCGGGGAAGGAGUGCUCAGACAUACUGAUUUUAGAAGAAAUACCUCAAAACGGUGCUCGUGGUUGUCCCUCCCUGCACCAGAUCAGCGCUGUGAACUGUAUAUUCUUUUUUUUGAAUUCUUAAGACUGAGGAAUUUCUCUGGAUAAACACAAUGCACAACACCUCAGGCUCCCUGGUAGACUGCAAGGAAACUUCUGGCUUGAGUUAGUUGAAAAGGAAAGUUGCAGUCAGCAGAGUUACAGUAAGGUUGCCGUCGUCCUACUGAACUUGCUCAGAAUUUGGGCUGUCUGGUCACUAAUCUCAUUUCUCUUCCAUCCACUUAAGCUUAUUUUUCCACUAAACAGAGGCUGCCAAAAACAGAGGGCAGGGGGGAGGGGAUCACAGGAAUCUGAGGUUAUGAGAUUUUUUUUUUUGUCCUGUUAUAAGUUAGUAAUCCCAUUCUAGGCUGUCAUCCAAAAAUAUUGCUGAAAAAAUGCAAGCAGUGUACAAGACCCAUUGUAUAAAAGAUAAUCUAAAUGUAGGACAGGAAGAGACCUGGCAGGUCAGCAAAUCUAAACACAGAAUGAUAUUAUGCCUUAUUGCACACGACUGUAAUUCAUUUGUUGCCAGCCUUCUGGGAAAGGGAAAUUUCACACCUUAAUUGAACUGAUAUUAUAAUCCUUUCUCCAAAAUAUGGCUUUGUCUUACUUUGUAUUUGCACUGUGACUGCUUCCUUCUCUCUGUCUGGUUCUUUUAUCACGGUAGAAAUAGGAGUUGCAUGCUUUUCUCUUUACUGUGCAAUGCCAAGCAAGCUCCAACUCGCUGUCUGCUUUCAUGAAGCAGGCUCCAGCUUCUGCUGAUCCCUGGCAGUUGUGAGCUGGGCUUCUUAAUCUUCAGAUUCCCUGUGGAUGAGCAGAGCUGCAGGGCUCAGAGGUCUGUCCUGUGGCUCUCAUGUUUUGACACCUCACCUAGAAAUAAAUCCUUCACCAGGUAGGUGCUGCAAUUAACCUCCUCCUCAGGUUCCUCUUGUCCUGUGAUGGGGGGUGGGAAGCUGGGAUUUUCCUCUCCAGGUGUCCACCUGACUUUUGUUUUCUGCUGCCAGAUCUCAUCGUAUUCCAGUCACUCUGUUAAUCCCAUUUUUAUUGCAUAGCCCCAUGUUCUGUGCUGGUUCAGUAUUCCCUCAGCUUUCUCCCACUUGCUCUGUCGUAAAGGGAGAAGUUAAGUAGGAUGGAGUCUCUCUCACUUGCAGUAGUGACCCCUGCUAGACUCAGACUGACCCCUUCCAUUUCAUUUUCUGUCUGAUCCUUCUAGGUCUGUACCCUGCUUAUUACAAAUUUUUAUCUUUUGUUUGCAAACUUCUAAUUUCACUGGCCUGCAUAGCAAAUGGCUUCAAAUGUGUUGUAAGCUGAACUUUAUCCCUGUCUUGUGUGCCAGGUAUGCUGGGUAGUUUUCCCAGAGUAGCUGAGCAGAAAAUUUUUCUUACCAAAGCAAGCUAAGUUGCAUUUUGUCCUUCUUUCCACCCAUUUACUUCCAUGGCAUCAGUUAUAUCAGGAUUUUCUGCAGUGAUUAUUCUGUUGAUGAGGAUGUUUUAUCCCACCAUUGUACUGCAGCCAGCUGUGAGUAGAAGAUGGGUGUAAUUCAGCAGUGGGGAGCAGCACAAUGCUGCAGGUUGGGCAGUGAACAACAUUCAUCGAGCUGAAACAGCUGAAGGAACUUCAGACAAGCUCGGUACUCAUAUCUGAGCUCAGAUUAAGCUCCCACUUGAAUAUUCUUGCUCUUAAAAUUUGCAGUAAGGUCUAUUAAUAAUGAUUCAGAGAAAAUACCACCGAACCAACAAAGUCAGGUCAUGGGGUCACACAGUGACAUUGAACAAAUCCAGCUCUGGCCAGUCCAAAAUACUGCAAUUGGUAGGUGCAGAUAAACGUAAGGAGUUAUCCCAGCUCCACCCAUGAACAUUGUACAUUGCUUUUUAUAUAACUAGGUGAAAAAUACCGAAAUAUUUUGCAGAAGGUAGACACGGCCCUGCGGCAUGAUACCCCUCGUGUUCAGUGCAUGACUACCUGCUUCUGACCUAAUAUAUUAUCAUCCCUUCGGCAUUAUCCACCAAGCUCAAGUUUAUUCCAGUGUUUCUCAGCAUUGCCUGUGAGCAGUUUAUCAUACAGUGUUCAUGAGCUUGGUCUUGCAGAGGCUGCCUUCAUUUCCCAAUGGCCAGAAAAAGCACUGAGAGCACCAAGUGCUGCGGCAGAGUGGGCAAACAAUCUGUAUUUUAAUUUUACUGAGAUUUCUCUGGUCUUGUACUGCCAACCAAAAUGCUAAGAACAAAUUCAGGGAAAGAAACAAGUCACAUCAAAUUUUGAGUUUUGAUCUAGCAAAGGGCAGCUUCAUGCUCGCAGGUCUAGUGUGGGGCUGUCACACUAUUCCAGUGGUUCCAGUUCUGCAGGCAUGCUUUAAGGACUGGAGUGAAGCACAAAUUGGGAAUGCUUAAAGAAAAAACUUUUCAGUGCCUCUCAGAUUCCUUGCCAAGGGCAAAUAUCCUCUGGCUCCUUUUUCCUAGGAAAAAAAUAAUAAUGAGCAGCAGCCAAGCUUUAUUGCUACCAGACAAUGUCAGUGGUAGAUGAGCUGAUUUUAUGAGACUGAAUACGGAAGAAAAUAGGGUGUGGGGUUCAAGCAUGAGGCCCUGAGUCAUUGCCUGGCAUCUACAGGAGUGCCCAAAAUUAAAAGUUAGUGAUUGUGUAAUGUGGCAGAUGAACAUUUGUUGCUGCUUUGUCAGCCAGCCUUUCACAUCUGCAGAAAGCAUCAGGAGGGUAUCUAACAGCAUGGUGGGGUUUCUGUUUGAUGUAAUGAACACGUAUUGUUCAUGGAUUCAGCUGUUUCUACUAUUUUAAUACCUGAGCUGACAUUUCAAAGUGCUGGGAAUGCUGGAGCCACAGAUCAAUGAGAGUCUUAAGCAAGCAGUAGUGUUUGCAAAAAGCUCUGUAGCAUUUCAUGGUGUAUUUCAAGGUCUCUGAAAAACCAUCUGAGCUGAUAAAGGACACCAGACAAAGCCAGAAAGGACUGAGACGGUGGAUGAAGUCCUCAUUCCAGCAUUGGAGUCACUCAGCUGAUUCCAAAAUGUUUAAUGACCACAAAAGAAACAGCUCACUUCAGAAGGGACAUGGCUCCAGCACUUUGUCCCGUAUCACAAGAGCAGACAAAUGAAGAGCUGCCAAAUGCUGUAGUUGGUAAGGCCUGAUGUUGAACUUGGCAUGGUUGUAGUAAUUAUCACCAGGUGGUGCUACUUGGAAAUUACUUCCCACUUGUAAUUUUUACCAGGAUCAUUAUUCAGCUGAGGUGUGAGCAGUGUUCAUUUUGUGGAAUGUUAGAGGCCAGAGGAAGGAUUUGCUCUUUGCACUGCUAUUCCAUUAGAGUCUGUGAGCAGGUGUCCUCAGUCACUCCUUGGUGCUGAGAGGAUUUCCCCACAAGGUACACAAGGGAGGUUUCAGCUGAUGGUUUGCAUUGCUGCUCACAGAGUAACUGCAGGCUCUCUGGCACUGAUUUCGCCCCAAACCCAACUUGCAAAGCCUUUGUUGCCUCUGCUGCUCCGAAGCUGAUGGCUAAUGCUAACAUAGGACAUCACUGGUGGCAGCUGGCCACCUUGGAACUAUGUGAGCCUCCACUUUUCCAGAUGGGAAAGCUGAGUCACAUUUUAACAAGCAAGGACAUCAGAGGAAUUUGGAGAUCACUCCAGGAAAGUGUGGGAAAGGAGGCAUCCUGCAACCAUAAAACCUCUACAUUUAGUUGUACUUUAAAAUGGAACAUGUUGGUGAUUUUGGCAUUGCAGAGGUCCAAUGAGCUUUGCUCCCAUUUGCUCUGCGCAGGGAGCCAUGGCCACCUGUCCCACUCCUUCCCUGUGUUCCCCAGAGGGAGGGACAUUCCAGCCCCGCUCCUGUCCCGGGAACUGCAAGGCAAGCCGUUCCCUUGUGGGAGACACAGCCUCUCCCCAGCACACCCUGGCUGGCAGAGGGGCUGAAGGGAGGGAAGCAGCGGCAGCAGAGCCCCUUUCCUCUCUCCAGAUCAAUGAAUGAGGUUGGCAUCAUCUUUAUUUAUUUAUUUAUAAUUUUGCUGAGCAGCUCUGCUUUUGUCAGUGCAGCAAAGGCAUAACUGUUACACUCGCUCCGUGGGUUAAGUUGCGUUAUUUUUAAUGAGGCAGCUAUCUCCAUGCUGCUUCUGUUCUGCUGGCUUCCCCUUUCUGGGAGCUGUCUGCUCUUUGCUUGUCCUGCUUUGCUGUUAAGUCAUUGCUGAGCAUGGGCUGGAAGCAGUGAGCUAAGCAUUAGAUUUAUUUUCUGACAGAGGCCCCAGGUGGAAACAGACGUUCCCAUAGUACGUGGCAGCAGCUUUUUGUGAGCAGUGCUUUUCUUCCCACAGCCCUCUGAGGAGUCAAACUGCAAAUCAGCUCAUCCCACCGUCUGGCCCAGAUCAAGAACAAACCGCUCACCAUGUCAAUAAAAAAGGAAGGAGCCCACAAGAAGUGGGCUGCCCUGAAGGAGAAGCUUGGACCCCAGGAGACCGACCAGUCAGAGGCCAACCUGGAAAAUGCAGAGCCAGAGCUGUGCAUCCGUCUCCUGCAAAUGCCCUCAGUGGUGAACUACUCCGGGCUGAAGAAGAGGCUGGAGAACAGUGAUGAUGCCUGGAUGGUCCAGUUCCUGGAGCUGUCUGGGCUGGAUCUCCUGCUGGAGGCCCUGGACAGGCUCUCAGGGCGAGGAGUGGCCAGGAUAUCCGAUGCCUUGCUUCAGCUCACCUGCAUUAGCUGUGUGCGAGCAGUCAUGAACUCCCACAAAGGCAUAGAAUACAUUGUGAGCAACGAGGGCUACGUCAGAAAACUCUUCCAAGCACUUGACACAACUAAUGUCAUGGUCAAAAAGCAAAUAUUUGAGCUCCUGGCUGCACUGUGCAUUUACUCAUCAAAUGGCCACUCUUUGGCUCUGGAUGCUUUGGACCAUUACAAGAGUGUGAAGAACCAGCAGUACCGAUUCAGCAUCAUAAUGAACGAGCUGUCCAACACGGACAACGUGCCCUACAUGGUGACACUGCUGAGUGCCAUCAAUGCCAUCAUCCUGGGCAAAGAAGAGCUGAGAACAAGGACACAAAUCAGAAACGAGUUCAUAGGGCUUCAGCUGUUGGAUGUUUUAGACAAGCUAAGAGACAUCGAGGAGGAGGAUCUGCUUAUCCAGUGUGACACAUUUGAGGAGUUCAAAAUAGAGGAUGAUGAGGAAUUAUUAAGGAUAUGUGAUGGCAUAAACAUGAAUGAUCAUCAUGAGGUCUUUUCAUCUCUCUUCAACAAAGUGAGCCGCUCUCCAGUCUCUGUCCAGCUGCUGUCCAUCCUGCAGAGCCUGCUGCACCUGGAACCCUCUCAUCACUCCAGCCUCCUGCUCUGGGAGUCCUUGGAUGCCGUAGUGAACAGAGCCCUUUUACUCGCCAAUGACAUCCAAGGGAACACAGUUGAAGAAGUCAUUGAGAGGCUGCUGUCUAUCAAAAAACAUCCAAACAAGCAAAAGCGAGCUGAAAACCGCCUGUCUGGGAGCGCAGCUGGGGGUGUCCAGGCUGAGCCAGAGCCAUCUGCACGUGCAGCUCGGUGUCCAGUGGGAUCAUCAAACCCCACCAGAGCACCAGCAACAUCCUCAGGGCCACUGGACAACGAAAAGAAAAUCUCAUCCUGCCAGUUCACAGCCUGCUGUGCUCUGCCAGAGAAAUCUAACCCUCCCUCCAACACUGCUCCCAACCCGGCACCUCCAGCCCCACCACCUCUACCCUCUGGCACAGCAGCCAUGACCCCCACAUCCCCCAUGACAAAUACACCUCCAGCCCCUCCACUCCCUGGCAUCCCUCCCCCUCCACCCCCAUUGCCUGGCAUGGGGGGUAUUCCCCCUCCCCCUCCUCCUCCUCCACCCCCACUGCCUGGCAUGGGGGGCAUUCCUCCUCCUCCACCCCCACUGCCUGGCAUGGGGGGCAUUCCUCCUCCUCCACCCCCACUGCCUGGCAUGGGGUGCAUUCCUCCUCCUCCACCCCCACUGCCUGGCAUGGGGGGCAUUCCUCCUCCUCCACCUCCACUGCCUGGCAUGGUUGGUAUCCCUCCUCCUCCACCUCCAUUACCUGGCAUGGGUGGUAUCCCACCGCCUCCACCUCCACUGCCUGGCAUGGUUGGUAUCCCACCCCCUCCUCCUCCAUUACCUGGCAUGGGUGGCAUCCCUCCCCCUCCACCCCUCCUUCCUGGCAUGACAGGAGAUCACAUAGAAGCCGUGGUGGCCUCCCAGUACAGCUGCCCCCUGGGCUUGGGCAGGCCUCCCCGCAAGGCAGUGAAGACACCAACGCUGAGAAUGAAGAAGCUGAACUGGCAGAAGCUGCCCUCCAACGUGGUGAGAGAGAGCCACUCAAUGUGGGCUUCUGUGAGCAGCAGCAGUGAGGAAAUGAUAGAGCCCAACUACAGCAGCAUUGAGCAGCUGUUCUGCUUCCCACAGCCAACCCCCAAGGAGAAGACAGCAGCACCAGUGAAGGCAGAGCCGAAGGAGAUCACAUUUUUGGACUCCAAGAAAAGUCUCAAUUUGAACAUAUUUUUGAAGCAAUUUAAAUGCUCCAAUGAAGAGGUGACUGCCAUGAUCCAGAAUGGGGACCGGGCCAAGUUUGAUGUUGAGGUUCUGAAGCAGUUGCUGAAGCUGCUGCCUGAAAAGCAUGAGAUAGAAAACCUGAAGGCCUUCAAAGAAGAGAAAUCAAAGCUAGCAAAUGCAGAUCAGUUCUAUCUUCUCCUCCUUCAGAUUCCCAGCUACCAGCUGCGCAUUGAGUGUAUGCUGAUCUGCGAGGAGACCGCCGUCGUGCUCGACAUGAUUCAGCCCAAAGCUGAAGCCAUCCGGAGAGCCUGUGAAGAUCUUCUGACCAGCCAUCGCCUGCCAGUCUUUUGUCAACUGAUUCUCAAAGUUGGAAACUUCCUGAACUAUGGAAGUCACACAGGCGAUGCCGAUGGGUUUAAAAUCAGCACUUUACUCAAACUAACAGAAACCAAAGCCAACCAAACCCGCAUUACACUGCUCCACCAUAUUCUAGAGGAAGUAGAAAACAGCCACAAGGACCUACUGGAACUGCCAAAGGAUCUUGAAUAUGUUUCAAAAGCAGCAGGAAUUAAUCUUGAUAUUAUACGCACGGAGUCUGGCACCAAUUUAAAGAAGUUGCUGGAGCUUCAGCGGAAAGUCUUAUCAUCAAAUGAGGAUGUGAAACAACAGUAUGAGAAACCCAUCCAGGACAGCAUUGAUGCCUCCAGAAAGCUGGAAGAAGAAUUUGAAACCAUUGAAAAGAAGAGAGAAGAACUUGCAAAUUAUCUUUGUGAAGAUCCAAGCAAGUUGUCCUUAGAGGACAUAUUCAGCAUCAUGAAGACCUUCAGAGAUCUCUUCAUCCGAGCUCUGAAGGAGAACAAGGACAGAAAGGAGCAAGCUGCCAAAGCAGAGAAGAGGAAAAAACAGCUAGAAGAGGAAGAGGGGAAGAGACAGAAGGGAGAAAAUGGAAAAGUCAUCAAGAAGGGGUUGGUGAAGCAGGAGGAGGUGUGUGUCAUCGACGCCCUGCUCGCCGACAUCAGGAAAGGCUUCACGCUGAGGAAGACAAAGAACAGACACGAGUCAGAGGCAGUUCCUAAACCCUUGUCUGCAGAGAGCCCAGAGGAAAGCCAGUCUGGACAGGGCCUGAAGCAUCCACAAGCAGCAGGGAAGCAGAUUGAUGACAAGACCAAGCAAAACAAGGAUGAUCAUCCCUCAGAAAGCACUCCUCCCUCAACCACUGCCCCAAUGGAGACAGGUGGAGGUGUUACAAGUGCUUCAGCUUCAGGCCAGGUAUUAUCUAAAAACAGUGCUGGAGGAAGUCUGCCACUGGAGUCCCAGAGCAAAAGCCCCUCAGAGAGCAUGAUGGAAGCUGAUGGAGCCAGUCAGACCACGCUGGGCCCCGGGAUGGAGCAGGCAAACAACGUGGAAAGCCUCCAGCCCAGCACAAAGAGCGGCUCCCUUGCCUUCUCUGUGGCUGACAUAGGCACAAGGAUAAGCUUUGUGAGCAGCAGUCCAGCCCCUGCUGUGAGGGACCAACUCAGCUGGACUAACGGGUCCAUGUCAGGAGGCCAGGACAAGGAAUGCCCAGCUGAUGGCUCAGAGAGUGCUCAGCCUGCUCCCUGCAAUGAGGCUCAGCAGGCAGAGUCAAAAGAAAUGACAAAGGAAAAUGAAGACCCUGGCACAGACUCGCUGUUGGACACCUCUCAUGACAAGUCCUUCUCGGAAGAGCCAGCCACCGACUCCUCUUGCUCAGCAACACUUCCCCCAGAGCAAACUCACAGCGACAGGGAAAAGCAGAGGCCAUCAGGGAAAAGGAAGAAGAAGAAGAGGCACAGCAAAAGCUACUCAGCAGAGGUUGAGACUGAUACUGGAGAUAAUAAAACAAAAAAAGAUUGUGUGGCACAAUGAGGUGUCAUGGCAAGGCAGAAGGUAUGAAAGAACAUCUCAUGUAUCCCUGGAGUGCUGCCAGCUUCUGAGACUCCAGGUUCUGCAUCAGUGAAAUGCCACUAUGGACAACUUCUGCCCCAUGAAGACUCACAGCCUCUCCUCAUGCAGCCUUUCACUCCGCUCCCCAGGACCUAAAGAGCCUCCCCAGAGACUUUUUCCCCCCAGCCCCUUGCACUGGGCACCUUUGGGGGCAGGGGAUGGUUCUUUGCAUAGUGGCAGUGAAAGGGUCAGACCUGUCAUCCACUGGAAGCCAAGGCUUUCAACCUGCUCUUAGGCCAAACUCCUCUUGAAAUGACAGCUGAGUGUGGCCCAAGAACAGACUGCAGCGUUUAGCCCUUAAAGAAGUGUUAAAAACAGCAGUGCCUCAACUAAAUUAAGGAUAUAAAUUAAGCAGUGGCUGUACCAUCACAGGUGGAGGUGUGUUAAGUCCCUCUUCUCAUUGCCCACUGAUGACUUACAUUGGACCAGGUCCAAGACCCAGAUGAGACAAAUGUAUUUUUAUUCUCAAGCACUUAAAGCAAGGGAAAUUGGUUACAGGGGAAAAACCAAGUAAAAGAAAAAGUAUAUAUUUUACUAAGCAUAUGGCCAUAUAAACAGUGUCUAGUUCCUACAUGAUGCUUAUGUGCAAUUAAGUUGAAGUGCAUCAGUAGUCUUAAGUAGUCUUGUCACACAUGCUGAUGCACUCAUCAACUUUUGGAGAGCCAGGGCUCUGGUUUCUCUUACUAAAGCAAAAGGAAGAGGUUUUCCAGAGUGUUCUAUUGGACACAUUUUCAGUUUAUCCUGUAGUAAACCUCUGGGUUUGACUUCCAUUGUCAGCUGCUUGUACUCAAGGGUCCGUGUCCAAGCUGCAGAACGUGUGGAAUCAUGUUACUUUGGCUUUAAAACUGGGACUGUGCAGUACCGUGUUUUCAAAAUUCAGAGCUUUAUUUCUCAAGUUUUGUAAUAACACUGUAUAAUAAUUUUGUACAUAGCUGUCCAUUUAAAAUGAUCUAUGUUUGUUGAAUCUAUGGUGUGAUAUGUGCUGAAACAUAAAUCCAGUGGAAGAGCUGGGUACAUUUCAGAACUGUUCGUUUAUAUGGUAACUCACUGUGGCUAAACUAAUGUGCAGGCUAAAGCUUAUUUUGCUCUGCUUAAUAGGACUUGUAAUGCCCUUGUAAUACUGAAAAUUUAGAAGUGAAACCAAGAAUUAAAUCACUGGUUUGCUUUAACCAAGGCAUCACUGAGCAUAUUGAGAACUGGUCAACAGAAGCAGAGAUGAGAGCAGACAUGUGGGCAGGUUCAGUGCAGGAGACACUGCAGAGUAGCACAGCCCUGUUGCAACAGAAAACUCAUUCCUGCUGGCAGAAGCAGGGAUACCCCCAGCACCCCUGCAGAACCAUGUCACCCAGCUUGGAUUUGCACGACUGUCUCUAUCACAUCUACAGGUAUCUCCCCUUUUUCCCCCUCUUUUCCACUCUCAGAGUGCAUCACCCAAGCACCAUAUUUUUACUCCUCAAUCUAGCUCUGCUGCUCUCAGAUUAGACUCCAAGCUGCAAAAACUUGAGUAUUCAACACAUUCUCCCAGCUCUGUGUUUCCAGAAGAACCUGCAGCCCAGGCUGGCAGUGCACAGCCACUCCUCCUCACCACCCCACUGUGUGAUCAAUAGGAACAUCAUCAUUUGGAGAUGCAGGACUGGGGAACAGGUUGUUACCUGGGGAACCUUUCCUGCUGAUGCCCCACUGGCUGCUCACUUUAGAUGCUACAGCAUGUGUCCAUUUCUCCAUCUGGGUCUUUCAGCUUCCCUCAUUUCCACCCAGAGGGAGCAGCUCAUUUCCACAGCCAGAGAUUUUAUUACUCUGUGUGCUUACCUUGGCCUUUAAAGAGAAGGUUUUUGGCAUUAUCUUUCCCCUGCUUUCAAGAGUUUACAAAGAAAUGGGUUAUUUUAAGCCACCAGAGGCUCUUUGUUCAAUAGUCGUCUGUAAAUUAUCUAUUCAAUCACAUCCCAAUCAGCAGCCUCAAGCACAACAUUUAUAAUUUAUUGCUCCAGAGCAGCUCUGCUUCCAUUACAGUGAUUAUUUCAGAAGAACAGAAAAAAAGAAUCAGAGUGGGUCAAAGACUGAAAUUCAACUGGGAUGUGCAGUUUUGUUCCAUUUAUGAGCUUGAAAUAAAGCUCAUGACCCUAAAGAUUUUUCAGUGGUUGCAAGACCAAAUUAAUUGUUGGUGAAAAGAGUAUCAUGGCCAAUUCAACAGAGCUGUGGUCUUUUAAGUCAACCAUGAGUACAGACCUCAGAAUUCUUGUGGUGAAUUACAGCAACUGCACAUGGGGUCUGGUAUGUAAACCAGGCUGUGACCACCACAAGCUUCUUGCUGCCAAAUAAAUGCAUAUUCUAUAAUUAAGCAUUGGCUAUAUGAUAAAUUGAAAGUAUGGGAGAAAUCAGCAGAAGUCUUUUCCAAAUAUUCCACAUCAAAAAUCAGAUAUGUUUAAUGAGAUGGAUUUUCAGGGUUAGUUUUUGGGGAGUUUUGGUGGGAUUUGUUGUUUUGUUUUUUUUUUUUCCAAUACUGAAAGUAUUUCAAAGUUUAGAAUAAAAAUAAA